AUGUAUUUGUAAGAGUUGUACUGAUUAUGAAACACCACGUUUGAUCAGAAUCAUUGAGUCGGCAAAGGUGAAAUCUCUUCCGAAACUGCAACACAUUUGCAAGUUAGAAACUGUAGGAAACGUGGAACAUGGGACAGAAAACAUCGUGUCCAACAACAUGCUUAAAGAUUUUUUACACUAUUCGAGAAAAAUGGAUCAUGAAAGAAUAACUGAAGCACUUUGCCUGGAGGCAAGAUCACGCAGCGGAGGAAUGGUAGAAGUUAACAGCAAUGAAUUUCACUUCAAAGAAGCUUAUCCGCAGCCAAGCGCUUCUGCUUCGCAACCUCCGAGAGCCAGAUGUGCAUUGAUCGGUUUUCAUAAAAAGUCUCUCAGUGUGGAUUUUAGCAGCACAAACUCAAAGAAUGAAUCUGUUGGUUUUACUAGCAUGCAUGCCUUGUGCCCACGAUCAUCUUCCUGUGGAGUUAUAAUGCAUCACCUAGGUGAGAUUGCUAAUCCUAGACCGUUUCCAUUGGCAGAUGAUGUUAAUCUGCAGCAGCCUGCAUCUGAACAGUCCAUUAGUUCUGCAUUUCAGACUCAGUGCAGGCGAGAAUCUGAUUUUGUGGCAUGUUCUCAAUCAUUCAGUAAUGGUCCUGUAGAAGCACAAAGUUUAGAUCCUGGACCGUCUGCACCAAGACAUUGCAGGAGCAAAUUUACCAAUGUUUCUGCAACUUUUAGAGGUUGGUCAUCUGACUCGAGUACUGAAGCAAGUUGCAUAGAAGAGUGGGAGGACAGGCGUGAUGGAAGCACAAGCAAUCCUUGCAAUGAAUCACCUCCACAAAUUCCUGUAUUCUCUGCUGUCAGUGGAAAAGCACUGAAUAAAAGACAAACAAAUAAACUUAGAAGUUUGAAAAGGAAACGAUGGAGACGAGAGCGGUGGCAGAGCAAGUUGAAGGAGCAGAAACGGACUUCCAGUUCAAAUCUGACCACUUCAGGUGAUGAGGAUGAAAUCAAGUUGGAGAAGGAAGGCUACGUUUGUGCUGUUUGUCUGGAUAUUUUCUUCAGUCCGUAUAUGUGUUAUCCAUGUCAUCACAUCUUUUGUGAGCCCUGUCUUCGGACCCUUGCGAAGGACAACCCCACAAAUACACCAUGCCCUUUGUGUCGCACUGUCAUCUCCAGAGUCUUUUUUCAAACAGAGUUGAAUAACACCAUGAAAAGUUUAUUCUCUGAGGAGUAUUUAGCCAGAAGGCAAAAUUUCGUAAAAGCAAGCUGUGCAAAGUGGCCGUUACCUAACUGCAGGAGAUUGUUCAGAGUCUUGGGAGACCUUUGAUGAUUGAAGUCCGGCAUUGGCAUUCCAACCGGAACUCCAUCAACAAACACGUUGAUUUGGAGCCAAUCUACCAUCCUCUGAGAAAAAGAACAGGAAAUGACAUCACCAACCCAAGGAAACCUAAACAGAUAAAUAGAAAGCGGGACAUAACACCAGUGCUUCGUUGGAGGCUCACUGAUGAUGUUACCUAGAAUGGUGACGAAACGUCCGAAAACUAACCUUCCAGCUCAGCGAGCAAACUCACAUCCAGAGAUUUAACGGAGUUGGACAAGCCUGAACAGCCAUUAACAAAUAUUAGCUCGUAUAGGGACUGUAGGGAAUUGGAUAGUCAGCAGUUGAGUGGGAGAGGGACCAAGAGAAUAGGAGGUCAGUCUGUUGGACAAGAGAAACUCAGAGAACAUACAGGAGAAGAUUGAAAAGAAAUAAAGAAAAAUACAAGCAGGGGAAAUCUUUAGAGGAAGGUUGACUCGCUGCUGAUCGAAUGGAAUCGGGGAUGCUCAAGAGGUCAGGAUCAGAGUAGCACUGGUAUAUCUGAAGACGUAGCUCCAAAGGAGAAUAAAGAUAAGGAGGGGAGGGGAGGAAUUUGAUGGGAUUUGCAGG